AUGAUUCUGACGCCGCGGGUUGGCGGAAGCUGCUGCUCGACGGAACAGCUGCCGUGGGCUGUAGCUGAAAUGGCGGCAGCGGACGCGCGCUUGCUCUUGAUGGUGCGUGAGGCCAAGGGGGACGAGGGGGGUGAGGAGGUGGAGGCGGUCAACGGUCAGCAGGAGGAGGUCAUAGGGCCCUUAUCGGAGAUCGCGGCGAUCCUCCUAGCGGAAGGUAUUUCACCGGUAGUGCUGCAGCAAAUGCUGCCGCCAGGCCAGCCCGGGUCGCCGCCGCCGCCGCCGCUGCCGCCGCCGCUAUCACCACGGCAGCUGCAGGAGGGAGUUUCAUUCCCCACGGUUCCCCAAGUACCAGAGGAGGCGCGGCAGUGGCAGCCGCCGCUACCACUGCUGCCGUACGCCGCGGCAGCGGAUGGUGCUGUACAGCCGGCGGCGGCAAUCCCGGCGUACGACGGUCAAUGGGUUGCGCUACCAGGCUGUGCACCGCCGCCACCACGGCGGCCGGGGGGAAGCGCCGGCAGCGGCCGGGCCGCCGCCAAGCGGGGACCAUCAUCGGCGACUGCGGGUUCCAUGUACGACAAUGACUGGGCUCCCGCCAGCUCAGGCAGGUGUACGGCGUCUGCUGUCGCUACGGAUGUCACACAUCGCCGCCCCUCGAGCAAGCGUCGUCGUAAAAAUGACGGUACGUUCAAACCGUCCAAACCGGCGCUGGCGAAUGUGCAGCAUAUACCGGCCGUACAGCCCGCGUCGUCGUCGCCGACGCUCGUACAACCCCUACCGUCGGCAUGCAGCCUCCACCGCGCCGUACAGCCUCCGCCUCCGCCGGCGUCGAGGGCUCGUUUCUCCGUGCUUGGCCGUGACCUCCCGAAUGAGUACAGGUGGCGCAAGUACGGCGAAAAAUGGAUCGAUGGCAUGUGCCGCUCGUACUUCCGGCUAGCCACCGAAAGACUGAAAAAGACCUUCCGGGCGUGUGGCGCUGACCAUCCAUUCUUCGUGAGCAAGGACCCGGGUGACCGGGAGCCCAACGAGUCAUAUCCCGGGCUGGGCUGGGUGGCUGCUGGUGCAGUGGCCGGGGUUGCUGUGUCUUUAUCGGGGAUCCACCGCUCUCACAGCUUCGAGCCGGCAGCCGGGCUGGUAACGCCAUGCAGCAUCUUAAGGGUUGUGCCAGGGUCGCGGACCUGGGUGCUGGGGUUGACGGGUCGAGGGCGCAGAGCUCUCGUGCAGCGGCAGCAGCGGCAGCAGCAGGGGGCUGAGGCCUUCCCCCGGCGGAUUGCAGCCAGCAGCUAUCCCCCCAUCAUCAUCUGGACGUGGCUACGGAACUCCCAAGAGUGGCAGAUGGUGGUGAUGGUGGUGGUGGUGGUGGUGGUGAAAUGA